GAGAUAUAAGAUAGGUCCUCUCAACGCUUUUCAUGGACCCUGGAAGUAAUUGAUCCGUCACAGCUUCGGCACGCAGUCAAAAUGUGUCUCCUCGAUUCUUUGCCUGCUGAGCUCAUUCGACUAUUCUUGGACCAGCUGGAAUAUGCGUCCGACGUCAAUGCCCUCGGGCAGACCUGUUGUCGACUAUCCCAGAUUGUCGACAGCCCAUAUCUCUAUCCCCGCUUUGCCCAAUUAUGUUCUUCAGAAGGUCUGAUGAUCAUAGGCCGCACUCGUAGCCACGGAACUGUGCGCAAGAUGCGUUUGUGCGACGUCGACAUGGACCAGUUCUAUCGCGCCAAAGUCCCGGGGACUGAGUUCACGUCGCUCAUUUUGGAGCUCUUCGAGCCGUCGUAAUCAGCCCUAGCCAAUUAACUCGACUUGCAUACAAUCGGACAUUCAACAGAAGUACAAGCUCUGACCCCUUUCGGUGUGUAGCCCUAACAUCUCCGAU